AUGCAUAUCAAUCAAUCCCUAGAAGUCAAGCUUGUUCAGACUCGCAUCCAAGUUACCUUCAAUCUAGGAAACUUUGAUUACCUGAUUGUUCGGCCCGGAAGAACUAACCUGAAUGAUGGCGCCUGGCACAGUGUAAGAAUUCUACGUUCCUUCACUGCAGUAGAUGUCCUAAUAGACGACUAUGGAGAUGGUCCUGGUGGCUAUGCCCUCCGGGAGUUAACUACCGACGCGGUCUUCAACCAAUUGACGAUCGGACCUAAGAUUCAAAAUCGAGACCAUGUGACCCUAUGA